GCUGCUUUAGUCCGUGGUCGGAGGGGGGUGGGGGCUGCUGGUUUUCUGUUGUCAUGGUGGGCAAAGUGGUGAAGCGGUCUCGGUUGCACCUGGUGGCGCCGAAACUGCCUAAGCCGACCUGGGGCUUGGGUCAGGCAACGGUGGAGGAAGGAGUCGGGACUUGGCCGGGGCCUCCCGAAAAGGUCCAGACAUUUUUGCCCUCCAACAUCUUUGCUGGGGUGAAGAUCGACCCAAAAACUCUGGUAAAAAAGUUAGACGCGGAUUCACGAAGCAUUGUUUCAGUCAUAAAAGGUGAGGAAAAGAAGGUUCUUUUGUCUAAGAAAGAUAAAAUGAAGCUGCGCAAGGAGAGAUGGCUGCAGAAAAUAGAAGAUAUUAAGCUAGCAAGAAAACUACAAAAAGCAGAGGCAAAGAGAAAAGCUACCCCAGUCGUCGGAGACAUGAAUCCAUUGAUGGACGCUUUGCCUGAGCUCUCAGACCUGGUAACCGUCAGCAAGUUCUCCAAACAGCCAAAGAUCCAGGCAAAGAAGACGGCGGCAAACUUCAGUCAGAUGAAACCAGCCCAGAAGCGCCGGGUUCUAGAGGAUGAUAUUGCACAGUUCCACAAGGUGCUGUCCGACCCCUUGUUCAAAGCCAGCCCUCUGGCACUCAUCGGCGUUCAUCUUUCCAAAAGAUUGAAGCAGGAGAGGGAGGGAGAACCCCUCUAGCAUCCUCACCGGGACAACUGGAGAGCACCAGAGACUGGAUUCUGUUUACACACACCCGCCCAGGAGUUCAACGUCCCUUUCAAGUCCACGGGAUUGCAAUGACCUCGAGUGACCUCAUUUUCUGUCAACAGAAAUAAUGCUGCCAGCCCCGCCGAUUUAGACUGCUAGCUGUAGCUACAGCCCUGACUUAUUGUUUUGCGGAGAGCUCGGUGGAUCUGUGAUUAUCCUCAUCGCCCACUCCCGUGUUAAGUCACAGGCCAGCUGUUGUUUCUGGGAAGCAAAAGUUUAAAGCCACCAUCCUCUCUCCGCCGGGUAGUAUUUGCGCCAAUCCCCUGAAAUACGUUGCUUUAUUUAAUCGGGGUUAAUGGCUGCCGCUCCUUCCCGUUUCCA